CAGAUAGAGAGAUGAGCAUCGAAAGCUGAUAGAAGCUAGCACAAGUGAGAAGAAGCAAGGGAUAAUCAUUGAUCUUCUUUCUCUUUUGCUUGCUACUGAUUGUUCUAAUCAUCUAUAUCUAUACCAUGUCUCUAAAGAUAGCAGCAGAAAUUUAUCCAAAAUCACCAUCAGAGACAGUGAUGGAGCCAUUGCUUGUGGUAAACGAAUAUGAUGAAGAUAGACAUAAGGUGGCAGUAGAGAAACUUGAGAGGCUUUGUGAAGUUGGGCAGAGUGGAAAGCCAUCUCUUGUCACUGACCUCAUGGGAGACCCCAUAUGCCGAAUCCGUCACUUUCAAUUGCAUGUCAUGCUCGUUGCAGAAUAUGGAGAAGAAGGAGAAGUUGUUGGGGUGAUAAGGGGGUGUGUGAAAACAGUGACAAGAGGGAAUUCGGUUUAUGUAAAACUGGCCUAUAUUUUGGGGCUCAGAGUCUCCCCUCGGCACAGGAGAUUUGGCAUUGGCACAAAACUAGUUCAACAUUUAGAAGAGUGGUGCAAGCAAAAAGGGGCCAAGUAUGCAUAUAUGGCAACUGAUUGUACCAACGAGCCUUCGGUGAAUCUGUUCACAAAAAAAUGUGGCUACUCAAAGUUCAGGACUCUAACCAUUCUGGUGCAACCUGUGCAUGCUCACUACAAACCAAUCAGCUCCAAUGUUGCUGUGCUUCGUCUUCCACCACGCCUUGCAGGCUCCAUGUAUGACAAAAUGUUUGCAAAUUCAGAAUUUUACCCAAAAGACAAAGACUCGAUCUUGUGCAACAAGCUGAAUCUGGGGACCUUCAUGGCCAUCCCCAAGAAGCACUUGUCAAAGUGUGAUCCAAAAAGGGGCAUUCUCCCUCCAAGCUACGCCAUAUUGAGCGUGUGGAACACCAAAGAUGUGUUUAAGUUGCAGGUGAAGGGUGUGUCACCAUUGGCACAUGCGUGCUGCGUAGGUACGAGGUUGUUGGAUGAAUGGAUGCCAUGGCUAAGGCUACCUUCGUUCCCAGAUGUUUUUAGGCCAUUUGGGGUUUAUUUUGUGUAUGGAUUGCACAUGGAGGGAAAGUGUGGUGCUCAACUGAUGAAGUGUUUGUGUGCAUUUGUGCAUAACAUGGGAAGAGAUGGUGGUGGUUGUGGGGCCAUUGUGGCUGAACUGGGCCAAAGGGACCCGGUGAGAGACGCAGUCCCACAUUGGAGAAAGUUCUCAUGGGCAGAGGACAUGUGGUGCAUUAAGAAUCUUCACAAGGCUUCUUCUCAAAAUUCUGAUUGGUUCACUUCUAGAUCCUCUUCACCAGUGAUAUUUGUUGAUCCUAGAGACUUUUGACUUUGUUUAUAGAGGAACAAGAUGAAAAUGUUGCUAAUGCUUUUUCUUCUGCCACUGUAAGCUGUAAAUUAAGUAACUAUUUCCUUAACUGUGGAUGAUGUAUAUGUCUCCGAUCAAUCUCUGCAUCUUAA